AGAGAGAGAACGAGAGCGCUCAGACAGCGAGCUGCGGAGAAAAAUAACGGACCAGCCACCGCACUGGAUAUCUCUCCUCCUUACCGACGCGCGGGGGGGGAACCAAACCGAGGAAUACUGGUGUUUUAUUCAAACGAAGAAACGGGUCCUAAACCUCGCUGAACAGACAAGAUUCCUGGCAGAGUGUGUGAGCGCUACAGGGGACUAGGGGAUCAGUCGGUGUUGUUUGUGAGAAGUCCUUUCCUAACUGCAGACAUGGAGACCCAUUUCCUGAUGAGAGUGUUGUGAGUCCGGCGCAGCCCUGUCGCGCCCACAGCGUCCCCUCUCGGCCCGGGUGGCCCACCACGGCCCCCCGGCCUCCUCCAUGAAGGGGUAUCAUGUCAGCCGCAGCCUGUCCCAGCACUCUUCUGGCGGGGGGCAAUGUGACCCGGGCCCUGGCUCCGUCCGAGAGUACCACCGCCACCCCUCUGAACACUACGACCGGGCGGGGCACCCCUUCUACCCCCCCGGUGGUCCCCCAGAACCCCUAGCUCUGGAGCAUCGUUCCCACACCCACUCUGGAGGAGGGACGUUCCCCCGCUCCCACCCCAACCAGCAUCCCCCGACCCAGCAGUUGUACGACUCAUGUGACGAUUGUCUGUCCACGGUGGGGGGUCACGGGGGUAAGAUGCAUCGCAUGCCUCCUAACCUCCAGGAUCAGUUUGAAAAGCAGCUUCCCUUCCACCCUGACGGGUUCCACACCCUGCAGUACCAGAGGAGCGCCAGCGGGGCGGAACAGCGCGGCGAGAGCCCCUCCCGUAUCCGCCACCUGGUUCACUCAGUCCAGAAACUCUUCGCCAAGUCCCACUCCCUCGAGGCGCCGUCGAAGAGGGACUACAAUGGCACACGAGGAGGAGGAGGAGGGGAUUACCGGGAAAGAGGAGGAGGGGGGCCCAGGAGCGGAGGAGAGGACGGUGGCGGGCAUAAUAAUUCGGGCCACCAAUCCCGCUCGGCGAGGCGCAGCAAGUCCCGCGAGCGCUCCAAGAGCGGGGAUGGGCGCCACGAAUCCUCCAGCAGGCGGCACAGGAGCCGAACCGCGGGGUGGUGGAGCUCCGACGACAACCUCGAUAGUGACAGCAGCUUCUUGGUAACCGGGGGCAACACCGGGCCAGGUGGUCGAGGUGGCAGGCGAGGCGGACACCCCACGGGCCACGAGAGUCUGGACGCUGCCAUCCAGGAGCUGACCAUGAAGAAACUGCCCAGACAGGGGAGUGUACCACCAGGGCCCGGGCCGGGGGAGUGCAUGGCCUGUACCACUCUGGCCCUGGCAGGGGGGGAGGGUGGCGGAGGGGGAGUGGCAGGGUACCAUGGAGGGCCAGGGCAACACUCUCUGAAGAGGAGCACGUGGUCGGCCAUGACGGUCAGCCAGGCUAGAGAGGUGUACCCAUCGUCUGUUCGGGGAGGAGGAGGAGGAGGAGGAGGAGGAGGAGGAGGCUAUGACAAGGCCUUGGUACCUCUGGAGAACAAACUGAAGGAGAGGACCUUUCACUACCUACAGGUCCCGUCAGACGGGGUGGAGUGGGGUGGUCCUGACGGAGGGGGAGAGAUCCCCUGCAGACGCAUGCGUAGUGGCAGUUACGUCAAGGCCAUGGGAGACGACGAUAGUCAGGACUCUGACGCCAGUCCUAAAACCUCUCCUAAAACCACCAUCAUCGCCCAGAGAGAGGCCUUCAGACGCUCUGUCAGCAUGGACCACAGGUCAUCUGCCACCAAGUACUCAUGUAAGCAGUGUGUAGAUUCUACUCUUCCCUAUGCUAACAGCCGAACCAAGCCCAAAAGUCACGCCCGCUCCCGGAGCUACACUCGUUCUUUAACCAGCUCACAGCUGGGUGACUCUCUGAAUCGUCAGUUUGAGGCGGUGUGUGAGACCAUGUUUGGAGAGAUUGAGAGUCAAGCGGUGGAAGCCUUGGAUCUACCUGGAUGCUUCCGGACCCGUUCCCAUAGUUACGUCCGCGCCAUCCAGGCCGGCUGUUCCCAAGACGAUGACUGCCUGUCCGUCUUCUCCAUAUCGGGACCCCAGGGUAGCAUCAAGGGAGGGGCCAUUUUCCCAUACCGUAAGGGUGGCCCUCCCCCACUCCCUCCUCGUAUGUCCAAGCCUAUCAUCUCUGUGAGGGCUCAGAGUAGUACAGAGUCUACCCAGGAUACCUACUUCCAGAACACAGGCCAGCCUGCCCUGGGACGACCCAGGCAACACCAUAGCCACUCCGUCGACCUGGGAAUCACUGAUGUUGUGGUGUCUGGUCAGACCUCCAGGGGAUCCAGGGAAGGAGGAUACUACACAGGACCAGGACAAGGCCGCUCCCGCCAGCACUCCAACUCAGCCGAGAGUCUGGACGGGGUCCUCCGGGGCGGGCGUGAGAUGAUGCCCUAUGGAGGAGGAGGACAAGGACCCAUCAGAGUCAAACAUAGUGGCUCCGCGGAUAGUCUCCUGGAGGGGCCCAGGGGAAGGGAGAGAGGAGAGAGGGAUAUGAGGCGGGCAGGGGGGAGUCUGUGGAAGUCUGCCUCCCUCCCACAGAACAGUAUGGUGCUGAGUAAGAUGGGAGGAGGAGGAGGAAGAGGAGGACAGGAGGAGAACAAGACGGAGGGAAGAGGAAGGAAUUGGAGGCCUUCUAUCGCUGUACAGGUGGACAGCCCGGGGACCCUGACAGACUCGGACGUGGAGAGCAAGGCUCUGAGAGAGGUUCACUCUAUAGGAGUGCAGGUGGAGGAAGACAAGAGGCGUGCUCGGUUCAAGCGCUCCAACAGCGUGACGGCCGGCGUCCAGGCAGACCUGGAUCCAGAGGGGGGUUACCCAGGCCUCACCUUCGCUGUUCCUACCCAGGAUAAGAGUCCCCAGUUUGGCUGCUCCUUCCAGAGACACUCCUCAGAGCCAGAGUCAGCCGACCAGUACGCAGAGUACCACCGCACGGUGCACACCCAGGGCCAGUGGACCUACAGAGAAGACUAUGUCCAGGAUGGUUACACUACAGACAACCACCAGAUCCCACCGCUGCCCCCGCGGGCCCACUCCCCCCUACCCCUCGCUGCAGACCGUGGAGGCUGGACAGGUACACCCCAGCCCUCGCUGGAGGGGGGCCCUCGGAGUCUGCCUGACUCUGGUCGCGCCUCGCCCUGUCUGAGAGACGGAGAGUUUUUCCUACGCCUCCUUCAGAUGGAGGUGGAGAGGAUGGAGGGAUGGUGUCAGAACAUGGAGAGAGAGGCGGAGGAGAACGAGCUGCCGGAGGAGGUCCUGGAGCUGAUCCGUAACGCGGUGGGCAGUGCCCAGAUGCUCAUGUCUCAGAAGGUCCAGCAGUUCUUCCGUCUGUGCCAGCAAAGCGUGGACCCCUCAGCAUACCCCCAGCCCACCUCUCAGGACCUUUCCGGGCUCUGGGACCUGCUCCAGCUCAACAUGGAAGACGUCAGGGUCAAGUUCCAGCACCUCCAGAGGCUCAAGGACUCCGGCUGGAGGCUUCCCCCAGACAAGAAGGAUGACAAGAAGCUUCCUCCCCCACUACCAAAGAAGCCAGCUGGGGGGGUGAGCGGCAGUCUCCGUGCCGACAGUGUCAACGACCUCUCAGUGGAACGAGGGGUAGGAGGAGGCGGAGGGGUGCUGGUGAUGGCCCGUAGCGGGGGUGUGGGACGGGCCGUGCCUAUCCGGGAGAAGUCCUUAGACCUGGGGGACAGACAGAGGACUGAGGCACGCAGGAGACUGCUCCAGACCAAGAGGUCCUCUUCCUUCAGACAGAACUCAGCCACGGAGAGCGCCGACAGCAUCGAGAUUUACAUCCCAGAGGCUCAGACCCGGCUCUGAACAUGGAGAUACAGCCCUUUAUCCCAGUGAACAGAACCGACCCGACGCCUGGGACAGCCUAAAUAUAGAGAUAUAGCUAGCUAUCCCACCCUAGAACGACCACAACCAUUAAGAUCUACAUCCCGGAGGCUCAGACCCGGUUCUGAACACUGGAACCAACUAAACGUGGAGAUACAACCUAUUUUCCGAGGAUCCUAGAUCAACCAAUACUCUAACAAGUCCCAUGCACUG